CCCUGUAGUCCACGACGACUUCUCGCCAAAGGGAACAGAAAAGAGAAGCCUGAGGAACUGUUCUAGUUCGGCCAGAGUGACGUGCCAAAGUGUGGAGAGCCACUUGCGCAACAACGACGCCGACGACCGACGAUAAACUGGGGUUCCUGUCCUCGCAUCAUCACCACCAACAACCUACCCAACUACCUACACCUACACCAACACCAUCUCCCUCGAUACGCUCCAUACCUAGAUACCCAAGGCAUCCAGCCAAACCAAAACUCCUCGGCAUCUCGACCCGACGCUGCUCUUGCAGUACUCUUUCCCCGCCGAGACCUGCCCGCACCCACCGAUAGCUUGAUACCCAAAAGACAGCAGCCUGCUUGGCAACACCAACCAUCAUGUUUCGAGCCUCAGCUGCAGGCCCUUACGACGAUGUCGUCAUCAAGGCGACCGACGAGAGCUUCACCUCUGAGGACUGGGGCGCCAUCAUCGAGGUCUGCGACAAGGUCUCAGGCGACCAAAACGGCCCUAAGGAGGCCGUCCAGAGCAUCAUCAGGCGCCUCGCGCAUCGCAACGCAAAUGUCCAGCUUUACACCCUCGAGCUCGCUCAUGCGCUUGCGCAAAACUGCGGUAAGAACAUGCACCGCGAACUGUCCAGCCGCGCCUUCACCGACGCCCUCCUCCGUCUCGCCAACGACCGCAACACGCACACACAAGUCAAGUCCAAGAUCAUCGAGCACAUGAAGAGCUGGUCCGACAUGUUUAACGACGACCCCGAACUGGGCAUCAUGAACGAGGCCUACCACCGUGUUACACGAAGCAACCCAAACCUCCAGCCCCCGAGUGCGCCCCAAAAGCAGGGCCUCACUGACCUGGAUCGCCAGAAGGAGGAGGAUGAGCUGCAGAUGGCACUCAAGCUGAGUCUACAGGAGGAGGAGCGCAAGAAGGUUGCCGCCGCCGGCCCAAGCACACAAGCUGGACCCAGUGCUCAGACAGAGAGUCCCGCCCCUCCCGUGCCCGCCGGCACCACAGCUGCCACCGUUAGCCGAGUGCGUGCCCUCUUCGACUUUGUGCCUUCGGAACCUGGUGAGCUCGAGUUCAAGAAGGGUGAUAUAAUUGCAGUCCUGGAAAGCGUUUACAAGGACUGGUGGAGGGGCUCUCUCAGAGGCAAGACGGGUAUCUUCCCACUCAACUAUGUCGAAAAGCUGGCCGACCCCACGCCGGACGAGUUGCAGCGCGAGGCCCAGAUGGAAUCAGAGGUGUUUGGCGAGAUCAAGAAUGUUGAGAAGCUGCUCACUUUGCUGAGCACCUCCAACACAGCACCUAGAGAUGAGGAUAAUGAGGAGAUUGGCAAGCUAUAUCACCAGACUCUCGCUAUUCGGCCAAAGCUUAUCAAGCUGAUCGAGAAGUACUCGCAGAGGAAGGACGACUUCACACAACUGAACGAGAAGUUUAUCAAGGCGUGCCGGGAUUAUGAGGCUUUGCUCGAGUCUUCCAUGGCUCACCCUCCUCAGCCUAACUAUCAGCAGUAUGCCAUGCGGCCAGGUCCACCAGGCCAAGGCUAUGCCCAGCCUGGCGGAUAUCCUCCUCAAGGAGCGCCUCCACAGGACCCGGCACGAUACUAUACUCCCGGACCAGGAGACCGUCCUCAGUAUCAGGCUUCAUCUCCUCCACCCAACUUCCAAAAUCAGGGCCAGAACCCUCAAGCACCCUUUUAUGUAGCCGGAGCUGAAGUCCCUCCUGGCUCGCAGCACCUCCCCCCUAGAGACGAGGCUCCCGCUGGCGGCAGACAGCCUGCUCCCAUCAGUACCUCCCCCGCCCAGAACUACGCUCCCUACUCUCUUCCUCCCCAAGGUGGCAACCCCUAUGCUCAAGGCGGUCGACCAGGCAGCACGUACGGAGCUCAAGAACUGGCAACAUCGGUUUACGACUCACCUAUUGCGACCAACAACCCAGCCUCGACAUACCCAGGCCCCGCAUACUCACCUGAUGAGACAGCCGACAAUGCUACAGCACCACCAGGCCCAUAUACUUCCCAGCAACAGCAGCAGCCUCAGUACCAAAGCUACAACCCUCAUGGCCCAGCACCCCCUGCUCCUACCGGCUCCGCCCCUCCCCCGCCUCAGAGCGUCAUGACGCCUCCUCCUCUGCAACCUGGAAACGCUGCUGCUUACGAUGCCCGCCAUGGUCUCCCCAGCCAGAGUGGUGGUGCUGGUGGCGGUCAGCCUCAGUACAAGCCCUAUGUUCCGCCUGGUGAUGGGCCCUCUGCCCCAGCACCGGAUAGCUAUUAUCAGAGCGGCGGCGUGUAUUAGGUAAUUAUGAGUUAAGGAUACGGAACCGUCGUCGGUACAGCGACAAGAGGACUUCUCCACCACGUUGGUGUUUCUUCCCCUUCCACUGGCUUUGCUUAAAUUUACUUGAUCUACAUAGCACAUGUGUGUCUGUUGGGUGGUUGGUUUCCCCAGGUCUGUCUCGUCACGUCUUUUUUGGGUUCAUUCGUGUAUGAUACCACGGCCGCAACCAUUCAUUCUUUGGGUGAUGGAUGACUGGAUGAGGAGUUUGUGAGCAGAGGAGGAAAAGAGACGGCUUCUACCUAGGUAGCUAGCAAGAGAAGACGUGAAUUUCAGCUAA